UAGAAACGGUGAUCAAAGCGCUGAUCGAACGUGAGGGAUAGAGAAAAAGAGGAAUACACAUAAUUAAGCACAGCAAUGCAUCGCUUAGCGUAAGAUAGACAUAUUCUGUUUAUUUGGAAUAUCGUGGGCUUAUAUCAGAGCAUCUGAAAGUUCUUAACAGAUAGUAGCAGCAGUCUGAUCGCAUUUGCCCCUGCAGAUUGGUCAAAACAACACACUUUUUGCAAUAUUUUUUGUGAAUGGCAUGAUGUGACCUGACAGAAAAUAAUUUUUACCAGUUUUUGUAAAGCAUUUAACCGUGGCACACCAAAGACGGGACAGCUACACUCCAUGUACGGUGUUACCAGUGCAUUGUCAACAGCACUAUUAAGGCUUAAUGCGAAGAACCAAAAAGGUGAAUGGCCUGCGAAGUGCUAUAUCACGGGAUCAUAAUCCUUUUCUCAAUAUCAUCGUGCAGACCAAUCAUUUGGUGUGUUCGCAGAUAACGACAAAGCAAAUGAUGGCGUGUAAAAAGGAGAAAGGAUAUUUCACUAGAAGAGAAGGUUAAAGGAAGCGAUUGCUCUGAUGAACAAGUCUGGCAGAGAUACCACCUUACGGUCAUGCACAGCAUGGUAGAAAAUAGCCAUCACGGAGAACAUGCUCAAUUAUGAAUUCCUUUCGAUUUUCACGUCCAUGUAACAGCAUGAGAGUAGAGAACGUGCUGUUAGUGGUGCUAUCAAACAUGAAACCUAUCACUUAGAUGUUGUUGCUCCACAAAUCGUACGUAUGUGUUAUAUUGCACAUCAUGCAGAACCUUUUGAUUGGUUACUGCUGUGCGAACUGUGAGUUAUGAUUACUUGUAACAAAAGAAACAGUGCUUUAGCUGGCCUGCACCAUAAAUACUAGAUUGGUGUGCUGUGCAUUGUAUGCAGGUACAAGGCUAUUUUACUGGGCUAUACCUCGCAAUGCUUGCAUGCACGAGCUGUAUAUGAUCAGUUUGGUGUACACAGCUGCUGUUUGUCUAAAUUUGAAGCGAAAGAUAGUUUUGAAAAGGAUAAUACAUGCGAGUCUUGUGACGGUUCGUAGGGCCACGUUUUAAUGGCAGUAGACGAGGUAUUUUCAGCUGACAAGAAUGCUUGUUUUAACCACAUUUACCCAUCGUGCACAACAUCCUUCUCAGCGUGUGAAGUAUUUUUAUUCUAUAUGAAGUGUUUUAGACAUGGUGUACUAAAUAAAUUAAAUUUGCAAUCCUUCUUUGAAUUUAUCCUGCGAAUAGGUGUUUCAACGGCACAUAUCGCAAUCAAAAAGAUGAAUAAACGUUCUUUUUGCAGCGCAAACGUACACCAAUCAAAGACUAUAUAUGUUCUAAUAUACUGGAAAAGUGAAUAUAUGAAGUGCUUGAGGCUAUUGCAUUAUUUGGGAUAA